UCACUAAUUAAUAUGUAAGAAAUAUUUCCGUGUAGGCGGYAGUUUGGGAAAACUUUCCCUCUCAGUUUUAUGUUGGGGAGCGGGUGUGGCGCGUAAAGGUGUCUCCAACGCGUCAUGACGCACGGCUSUGCCUGAUCCUCGUCGUUUGAUGCCGAGCAGGACAGUCUUCUUCAGACACUCUGGAGUCACCGAGGACAUGAUGUCGGCUUGGACCGCAGCGGUUGUUGGACUGGGAGUGACGCUGAUGCUCCUGACGCACAGCGCGGACCCGGUCCAGCUGACCCGGGAGGAGGACUGCGCAGCCGCGUGGCUCGGCGCCGCAGCGCAGCGGCUCGUCCUCUGCGUCGCGGCCGGGCUGUCCCUCCUGGCCGCCGGCUGGCUGUACCGGCUGCUCUUCGGUCCCCUGGAGCUGCGCCGAACCCCGGACGACGUCGGCUACAUCGCAGAGGCCGGCCGCUCCAGGGCGCAGGCGGCGAACGAGGUGCGCCGCAGGAGGAGGGUGGGAGACCUGCCCCCGGUCUACCCCAACGGAUGGUACCGGGUCCUGAACUCCCACAGUCUGAAUAGAGGGGAGGUGAAAGAUGUUUCCGUUCUUGGCCAGCAGCUGGUGGUGUUUCGGGGACAUGACGGGACGGCCUACAUCCUGGACGCCUACUGUCCUCACCUGGGGGCCAACCUGGCGGUGGGGGGCCGUGUGAUGGGAAACUGUAUCGAAUGCCCGUUCCAUGGAUGGCAGUUUCGAGGGGAGGAUGGUAAAUGUGAGAAGAUUCCUUACACAGASAAAGUGCCAGAGGUCGCCGCGGUGCGCUGCUGGCCCAGCUGUGAGGUGAACCAGCACAUCCUGGUCUGGUUUCACUGCGAUGGAGCAGAACCUGAGUGGGCCGUCCCAGAACAGGAGGAGAUCACGAAAGGCCAGUGGGUCUACCGGGGCAGAACCGAGCAUUUCGUCAGUUCUCACAUACAGGAGAUUCCUGAAAACGCAGCAGAUGUGACCCACCUGGGUCACCUGCACAWCCCGGGCUUCACCAGCGGCGCCGACCUGCGGUACCACUACAGCAGGCUGUGGGAGUUCAUGCAACACAAAUGGGAGGCUGAGUGGGCUCCGGAACCAGAACCGAACCUUCACUGCUCUAAGAUGCAGUUGAAACACUCSAUGACUUUUUUUGGGUUCCACUGGAGUCUGUUGGAUCUUCAUGUCGAGGCCCGACAG